AUGGGUGCUUGCUAAGUCAAAUCUAAACUAAAAUCUGAAUAAAAACAGAGACUAGAAAAAAGAAAGAAACUACUCUAUAGCAAAUCUAUACUUAAUGGCACAGUCAAGAACUAUACUUUUGAGAGUUAACAGACAAUAAAAACAGAACAAACAUAAUAGAAAGAAUAAGUUAGCAGUAUCUUAAUCUCUACUCAAAACUUUAAUAAAGUCUAUACUAUGUUAAAUUAAUAUAAACCCAUUUUAGGUAUUUAUUUUUUUAAAAAGUUAUAUAGUAGGAGAAGACAAAAUCCUAACGAUCUAACAUAAUAUCAAUGCUUAAGUGAGACAUGCUAGAUUUAUAGAAAGAUCACCAGAGAAUGAUUCUUGGAUAGAAACUUUUUUAAAAUAAAAUUUAGUACCAUUAAUUUAAUAAAUAUAGAAUCAUCCGAAUAUAAUUAGAGUUUACGAAUAUUUUUCAUCAGAAAAAGAUUUCCAUAUUCUAAUUCAAGAAUAGAUUUUAGGUAUUUCUUUAUGUGAAUACAUAAAACCAAGUGAAUAAAUUAAAGAAUGUUUGGCUGCUUAGUUAAUUGUAUAAAUAUUAUAGGCUAUCUAAUAUUUACACUAAAAUAACAUAAUACAUGGAAGAAUAUCUUAAAAUUCAUUCUUUUUUGCUCAAGAAAACAACUUUACUAAAUUAAAAUUAGUCGAUUAUAAAGAUAUUUAUUUAAGACCAGAACUUAAUCUUAAUUCAAUAAUAUUUAUUCCUCCUGAAUUAAUAACUUUUAUUUAAGAGGAAAAGUUUUCAAAAGAAGGUGAUAUAUGGGCUUGUGGAAUCUUAGCUUAUAUUAUUUUAAAUAGUGCAUCUCCUUAUUCUAAAUGUAAAACUAUAUAGAGUAUGUAAAAUCAAAUAAUGAGAGGAACUUUAUUCUUUGAAUCAACAAGCUUUGAUAAAAUAUCAAGUGCAGGAAAAAACUUUAUUAAAAAAAUGUUAGCUAGAUUAUUAACACAACGUCCUACAAUCUAAUAAGCACUUAAUGAUCCAUGGAUUACUUAAAAUGCAAUACCAAAAAAAAUUAAUACCAAAGACACUAUAAAUAAACUUUCUUAAUUUAAAUAAGCUAAUAAAUUAUAGUUUCAUUUAAUGAUUCACAUGAUUAAUGUAUUUUUUAGUUAGACUUUCUCAUAAUUAAUUAAUACAUUUAAUGAAUUUGAUGUGAAUAAGGAUGGAAGAGUUAAUAUGGAAGAAAUGAUGGUAGCAUACAAAGUUUUAGGGACUGGAGAUGAAGCAAAAGAUGAAGUCAAAUAAAUUUUUGAAAAACUAGACACUGAUGGAAGUGGAGAUAUAGAUUUUUAUGAAUUUGUCAUAGCUGUGACUGAUCGUUAAGCUCUAUUCACAAUUUAAAACUUAUAAUUGACUUUUUAAACUCUCAACAUAAGUAGAAAUGGAAGACUUACCGAUUAGGAAUUAUCUUAUGCUCUUUAAAUUCCUAUAGAAACAAUCUAAGAAUACCUUCCUAAAACACAUAUAUCAAAAAAUGGGAAAGUAAAUAAUUUAAAAAUCUUUAGGUUACCUUAGAUUUAAAAUCAUUUAAGGAGUUUAUGUUGGAAUUAUUAUGA